ACAAAACAAGGAACCCAGCCAGCAGACUGAUUAAUAAACAAUGAUUAGAGUAUUUGAUUGGGUAUGAUGAUUAUCUUCUCCACAUCAGCUCUUACGCUAAUCCAAAUCAUUCACCCCCCCUUUCGCUCUUCUUCCUAAAUCCUAACGUCCCACUUAAUUCUCUUAUAGAAUUAUUGUUCUAUAAUUCUUCUAUUUUCUACAAUGAGCAGUGAAUGUGUGACGGAAUUAUCCAUGGAUUUCCCACAAAAAUCAUCAUCUUCUUCACUCGAUUUGAUGGAUUCUGCAUCUGGGAAUCAUGGAUGCAGGCAUUAUAGGAGAAGAUGUAAAAUUAGAGCACCUUGUUGUAAUCAGAUUUUUGAUUGUAGGCAUUGCCAUAAUGAAGCUAAGAAUUCUGUCGAAAUUGAUCUUCUGGAUCGACAUGAUAUUCCGCGCCAUGAGAUUAGAAAGGUUGUAUGCUCUCUAUGUGGUGUGGAACAAGAUGUUCGACAUAAUUGCAUCAACUGCGGGGUUUUCAUGGGGAAGUACUUCUGCUCAAUAUGCAAUUUCUUUGAUGAUGAUGUCUCAAAGCAGCAGUACCAUUGUGAUCAAUGUGGAAUUUGCAGAACCGGUGGAAAAGAUAACUUUUUUCAUUGUUCGUCGUGUGGUUGUUGUUAUCCAAAAACUAUGGAGGGUACACAUAGGUGCUUGGAGAAAGCAAUGCAUCAUGAUUGUCCUGUUUGUUGCGAGUUUCUAUUUGAUACAACGAAAGCUGUGAGUGUACUUGCUUGUGGGCAUACAAUGCACUUGGAAUGUGCUAAACAGAUGGAGCAGCAUUAUCGGUAUGCGUGCCCAAUUUGCUUGAAAUCUAUGUGUGAUAUGUCAAUAGUUUGGAGGAAGCUAGACGAAGAGGUAGCGUCUACACCACUGCCUGAGGAGUGUCAGAGGAUGGUGUCGAUUCUUUGCAACGAUUGUGAGGCUAAUUCUCAAGUUCAGUACCAUGUAUUGGCUCACAAAUGCCCGAAUUGCUUAUCCUACAACACAAAAUUGCGAUGACGACUAUUGAAGAGCUAAUGGAAGUUCCAAGUUCAGUACGGACGGUUUAGAGGCGCGGGAAAAUGAUAUUAGAAUAUGAUCAAAUGCUCGAUUAGGCCUCCUUAACAGAAGAUAUACAGUUUCAGAUCUCCAGUCGCUCGUUCUUGAAACGGUAUUAUUAGUAGAGAAUACAUAAUUGCAGGUCUUUCUCGAGCCGAGAGUUACUGAUUGGUUCAUGAAACGAUAGUAUUAGAGGAGAAUGCAUAAUUGCAGGACUUUCUCGAGUCGAGAGUCUUAUUGGCUGCAACUCCCUUUUAUCUCGUUUGUUCAGUUAAAAGUUAAGGGGAUAAACAUGAUUGCUCUAUAUUGUUUAGAGGGUUGUGUACCCUUUUUAAAAGGGAUAAACAUCUUGACUGUAACUGCAUAUUUUGGCCUACAAUUCAUCAAUUGAAAAGCUAUCAUUCUUUUA